AAAUCGGUUUGGUGUGAAGUUUGUUUCACCUUCAGUCGCUGUUUACCUCGUGAAAACUGUGGUUAGAGUAAACUUCAGAUUAGUGGUAUUAGAGGUAACUGGUUAUGGUUGGGAUUAAGGUUGUAAUCUAGUUAAUCCCUGCUUGAAACGACUGGUUGUUGUUAAGGACAAAGUUAGCCUCAUCGUGAAGUGUUUGUUAAACUGACUUCUACCCAGCACCGGUACCCGGAAGUCUCAUGGUUGACACUGAUCAUCGAACAGUUGAAUGAGUAAAUUUUAAAGUAGAAAUCAGUAUGAAUGGUUGUGUCCGGUAGAAAAACGUGUCAUUAACCAGGUAGUUUCCGGCUCCACAGUCUGAGCAGGGCAGCGUUUAAACCCGGGCUCAGUUAUCCUGAAGGCUAACUAGCGGCUAACGUUAGCACCGGGAGCAGAAGCUGAUGACCGGACUCUCUCCACGGUCCAAACAUCAUGCUUCCCCGGGCGGGUAAAGAGUUUCUGGUGCGGAUACAGUUCUUCUGGCGGCCGUUGUUCCAGGGCCGGUACCUGCUGCUCACCAACACCGUGAGUGGAGGAACCAUGCUGGCACUGGGAGACAGUCUGCAGCAGAGCCGGGAGAUCCGCAGAGAGCCAAAAACAAUCAGAGACUGGAAGAGGACAGGUUCCAUGUUUGUGGUGGGCUGCUCCAUGGGUCCACUGCUGCACUACUGGUACUCCUGGUUGGACAGAUUCUAUGUGGGCAGAGCCAUGCACACAGUUGGCAAGAAGGUUCUAGUGGACCAGCUGAUCGCCUCACCAACAAUCGGGUUGUGGUAUUUCUUAGGUAUGGGCCUCACGGAGGGACACACUUUAUCCGAAGGAUGGGAGGAGUUCAGAGAGAAGUUCUGGGAAUUUUAUAAGAUGGACUGGUGUGUUUGGCCUGCCGCUCAGAUGAUCAACUUCUAUUUCCUCUCGCCCAAAUACCGUGUCCUGUACAUCAACGUGAUCACGUUAGGGUGGGACACCUACCUCUCCUACCUCAAACACAGAGAUGACAGUCAACACACUCACCUGACAUCAGACAGCGGCGCUGUGGAUUUACAGCAGGAAGCGUCCAAACCUCUGGAGGAGAAAACUUAGAAACGGCGUUCAUGCUCCGCUCUAAGGUCGUUCGUUCAAGGCAAAAGAAGGUUUUGGCUGUUUUUGGCUGUUUUUGGCCGUUAAAACUUCUUUUCCUCCUUUGCAAAAUGCUGUGAGCGUUGUGUGCAUCACAGUUUGGGAGACUCUGAUGGCCUUUUUCCUCCGACACGCCACUUCUCUCUUUAAACCGACCGUGUGUUUGUCUGGACUCAGCGGAGAUGUGGAUGCUGAAGAGUUUGAACACUUGAACUUGCUGAAGUAUUAAUGUGUCUCUGCUCAGUUUGUGUGUUUGUGUCCUAAUGAUGUGCACUCCUAUAGGAGCAGUCAGGGAUGAAAUGGCUCUUUCACUGCCCUAAACCAUUGCAGUCAAAUCUAACUCCCACUUGUUGAGAGUGGUUGUAGUGGGAAGCUCAUAAAUCCAGCAGAUGCUUCCAAAACCAGUAUCAUCUUUGUUGUGUUGUUACACACAAAGCUUCAAAGUGCCCGAAAUCAAUUCAAAGCAACUCCUUUUAUUAUAUAUUUGUAUUAUUAUGCUGUUUUUAAGUUUCUGGUUUGACAUGAAAUAAUAAUCAUUAUUUAUGUGGAGCAGCUAAUGACCAAUGACUUUAAUUUUAACAUGAUGUGCUUUACUGUGUAUCUCCAACAGCUAAUUUAUACAUGAAGAGAUGUUCCUGGUAAAGUGCUUGGUGGGUGUAUGUUUAAUUUUGUUGACAUUUAUAAUGCUGCUACUGUUUUCACGGAUUUGCUGUAAAUUUGACCUGUUAUUCGCCUCCUGUGUCUUUAGCGUACGAAUUAAGAAUUGUUUGAAAAAAUAUUUGAGGUGACUUGAAAUUGACCAAAUCAUAAUAUAAAAGAAAUUCAAAAGAAA